UAUGUAUAUAUAUAUGUGUAUGUAUAUAUAUGUAUAGCAAUCCUAAGGCACGAAGGAUACAUCAGAUGUGUCCUCCAAAUCUGGGACCAGAAGGCUGCAUUCGUCGGCUGCAUUUGAAGGAGUCUUCAACAAAAAUGUGAAAUGGGACAGCCUAGUCGCAGCGCUGUGACGCAACCGAUCUACGAAUGCAGCCUCCGAAGGAUGCAGCCCCUGAAUUGAGACACAGGUUAUAAAGCAGUGGGCUGGUCUCUCUACCUGUACUGUGUGUGUGUCCAGGUGUGCAGCAGCUGGUGGAGGAGAAGAGAGAGAGACUGUUGCUCAUCCACUCCUCAGUGAGCCGGGCCAGAGCCAACAUGGCCGUCGUGACACGCAUCACACAGGUCAGAGUUGAUCUGUGAGCACCGUUAGCCGUUAGCAACCGGUGCUAAGGUUCUUCUCCUGCAGGAGUGGGCGGAGCUUCACCUGCUGCAGUGCUCAGGUGACUCACUGCUGGAGGUCAGUGACACAGAGCAGACCUACAGACGCAUCAGAGCGGAGGGAGAGGAGGUGCUCAGGUUAACUCAGGUGAACAGGAGUCUGUACGGAGCUGAAGUCUCCUCUGAGUCCUGGAUCAAGUACCUGGACCACAUCGAUGACCAAGUCCAGGAUGGACUGUUCCAGCUGGUGCUCAGAUCACUGACCUUCUUAUUGGACAACAUGAACCCACAGAGCUGCAGUGUGUUUCUGACGGUCAGUCUGCAGCUGCAGGAAACAGGAAUUGUGUUUGAGCCGUCAGUGGGCGUCGGCCUCUCUGACCUCCUGCAGAGCAUCUACUCAGCAGCCAGUCUGCCUCUCAGGGUCUCUGAGAGACGCCACAGCAACUACCAGGUGUCCCUGCAGCAGAGUCCGGAUCUCUCUGCCUUGGAACAGGAAGUAAUGCAUCGCCUUCUGCAGGUGAAGGAGGAGGCAGAGCGUCUGUCGGCGGGGCUGGACAGGUAUGCGUACCUGUGGCAGAGCGACAGGAGGGAGGUGAUGCAGGAGUUCCUGAUUUACAGCAGACAGCUGGGAGACGAGGAGGUGGAGGUGGAGGAAGCCCCGCCCACCCUGAAGGACUUCCAGAGAGAGAUCGAGUCUCUCCACAGACUGAGCAGAGAGGUGACUCACCUGGAUGACAUCAUCGUUCUGCACAGCUGGCUGCAGGUGGACCUCAGAACCUUCAAAGACUCCCUGCUGUCAAUCGUACAGGAGUGGAAACACCUGUACAUGGAGUACCUGCUGGACUCAGUCAGGGACAGUCUGCAGCAGGUGACUCACCAUCGUGGCGAUGAUGAAGAGUCUUCAUCCAGCUUCCCUCUGACAGAAACCAUCUUCCUGCUAGAAGCUGCAGGAGUGGAGCUACCUGAACACCUGUCAGCUCAGCUAGAGUUGAUCACCUGAAGAGGAAACGGCUGACUCAGAAGACUCCUGGAACAUUAAAUGUAUUAUUUCACUGGUUCCUGUGAUGAUUAAAAGUUUAUUUGAUUCUGA